AUGCCCACCUCCCGCCGGGUGCCUAUCCGCGUGGACAACCAGGACGGGCCCUGGACUAUCAGUGUCGCCGAGAACGACCCGUAUUCUUACAGCAUCUACAUUAAGACGCCUACACAUAAUAUCACUCUUACGCGCACCGCCCUCGAGAUCGUCGAGCUGCAUGGAAAACUGCGCGACUCACACCCCGGAUACAAGAUGUUCACCCUCCCCCUCGACCCCGCCGCCAUCCCCGCCCCGCCCAAGCGCAAGUCCGCAUUUCUCAACACCCUCUCCCGCCUCGCCUCGCCCUCCGCCAAGUCCGCGCAGCGCCAGGCCUCCACGCGCCAGCACGCCCCGAGCACAAGCAGCAACACGCCGAGCAGCACCGUCUCCUCGACGCACCCCACGCCGCUCGGCUCGCCGCGGAACGAGCUCAACGACCCGUUUUCCGGCGCGGACGACGAGGACGACCUCCAGCCGCCGCUCGCGCCCGCCAACAGCACCGUCACCGCGCUCGCCGGGUACCUGACCACGCUCGCGAACGAUGCCGUGCUGCACAACGCCCGCGUGUGGCGCCGCUUCGUGCGUGUGCGCACGGACGACCUCCAGAGCGUCCGCGUCGAGCGCGCGAUCAAGCGCGUGCGCUCGGACCUCGCCGCGCAUGUGAGCCCCGGCAGCGCGAAGGAGGCUCAGCGCUCAAUCAGCCAGGUCGUGCUCGGGGAAGAGAGCCCGCAGACGAAGAAGGCGGCGCCGCCGCCGGCGGACGUGGUCCCGAACGGCAACGGCAUCCACGCGGCAGAGCCAUCUUCUCCGGAGCGACCGAAAGAGGCGGAUAUCCAGGAAGAGGAGGAGCCGCAGGCCGAGGUUGUGCCGGUCGCGAACGGGGUGCAUGUUGAUGGACAGGACCAGUCAGCGGACGCAGCAGAUGCGGCGAAGGAGGCCGGUGACAUGGAGGACGGAGCAGCCGAGGAUCGGGCGCCUACGCCUCGAUCGCCGCGGGCCUCGUCGGUAGUGGUGGACGGUCCGGGGCCCAUAGACACUGCAGCAGCGGCAGCGGCGAGCGACGCUGACACGGAGGACGAUACGAGCGCGCCCUCGACGCCCGUGCCCUCCGACGGCCAUGCGCAUGCGGCGCGCAUCCCGCGUUCGCAGUCCGCGGACCCGACGUCGCGCGCGUCGCGGAUCUUCCUGCCGUCGCCGCUCGCGAGCGAGGCAGACUCGUCGCAGACGUCGCAGGCCGGCGAGUCGGCGGACGACUCGUCGGUGUCGACGACGGGGCGGCGCGCGGCGCGCAAGGCGCGGAGCAAGUCGAUGGACCCGGGCGCGCAGGCGGCCUUGCAGAAGAAGUCGCAGCGCAAGGUCGCGAUCGACGACUUUGAGAUGAUGCGCGUGCUCGGGAAGGGCUGUGCCGGCAAGGUGCUGCUUGUGCGCCACAAGCCGACGGCGGACGUGUUCGCGCUCAAGGCGAUCACGAAGCGCCAUGUGCUCGCGCACCAGGAGCUCCAGCACACGCUCACGGAGCAGGCCGUGCUCAAGCGCAUGGCCGCCGAGGGCUCGGACCCGUUCGUCGUCAAGCUCUGGUGGAGCUUCCACGACAAGGAGAACCUGUUCUUGGUCAUGGACUUCCACCCGGGCGGCGACCUCGCGACGCAGCUCGCGCGCUGGGGCCGGCUCGGGCGCGACCGCGCGCGGUUCUACGCCGCGGAGAUCGUCGAGGGCGUCGAGGGCCUGCACGCGGCGGGCGUGAUCUACCGCGACCUGAAGCCGGAGAACAUCCUCAUCGGCGCGGACGGGCACAUCGUGCUCACGGACUUUGGGCUCUCGAAGGAGUUCCCGCGCCGCACGUCGCCGACCACCGCGCCGCCGACGCCGUCGGGCUUCCGCGGCGACUUCACCGCGGGCACGCCGGUCGCGGCGACGCCGCAGUGGAUGAAGGGCGAGAAGGGCCAGGAGCUCGCGAACGGGUGGGCCCCGUCCGGGCCGCUCGACACGACGACGACGUUCUGCGGGACGGCGGAGUACCUGGCGCCGGAGGUGAUCCAGGGGCAGGCGUACAGCUACGAGGUGGACUGGUGGAGCUUCGGGACGAUGCUGUACGAGAUGCUGACUGGGAUAACGCCGUUCUGGGCGAACAACCACUCGGACAUGUACUACCGGGUGCUGCAGGACGAGCUGCAGUUCCCGGAGGACCGGACGAUGGACCAGGACACUAAAAGCCUCAUUCGCGGGCUGCUUCAACGCAACCCCGCCCUCAGGAUGAAGGAGCCCCGCAUCAAGAAGCAUCCCUACUUCUCCAUGAUAGAUUGGUCCCACGUAUACUUCAAACGCUACAUACCCCCAUAUAUUCCGCCUAUCGACCCGUCCAACGCCAGUGAUACCCAGAACUUCGACGAUACCUUCCUGGACAUGGAGCCUGUAAUCAACGACGAAAAUGAGAACGAACAGUCCGACACGGAUCAGGAUCGUCAAACGGACACCGACAGGACCGACGGUGAGGGCGAAGACUCCGUCGUGACACCCUCGCAGUCGCGUAGUCCCUCCGUGCGACCGGAUGACGCUGGGAUAGAUGUCUUCGACGGGUAUUCAUUCAAGGGACGGCAUUCUAUCAUCAUGGACAAUGAGGAUGAGGAGGCGGACGAGGAGGAUGAGGACGAAGAGGAGGACACGUCCACCAGCGCUGCUAGCACUGACAAUGUACUGUUGGAACAGCAGCUGUCGCAGACUGCGGCCAACAGUGCGAUCAUACUGGCAGAAGGUGCAACCGCAACGGAGGAGGCCCCAGAACCCAAGACGCCGGAAGCUAAGGCGCCCGCACUACCGGAGCCCGUGGCACCCGCGAGUCCAGUCAGGGAGCAGCCAGCGGCGAAGAAAGCCCCUGCACCUCGACGCAGCCACGAGGCAGGCACAGAACGUGGACAAACCGAGACCGCUGCACGCGCCGCGCCCGAGGAGAUCAAACCGGCCAAGGCGGUACCAAUACCAAAGGCCCAACCCCGCCCGACUGCUGGACGGCAACGUGGCCGCAGGGAGAAGUCUGGCAUUGCUGCGCUCGACCGCGACUUGUCCGACGUACACGACGAGGACGAGCUCGCGACGGAGCGCGAGGAGGAGGACGAUGAAUGGGACUUUGUCGAGGCGGAGGUGGUCGAGGAGCGGAACGGCGCAAAGGGGACAAGCCUCUUCGCGCGCGGCGUCGUCGAUCGCUACAAGCUGGCUGUCUUCCGCAAGUCGACCCCGCGCCGCUCAGGCGGGCCGCGCUCGUUCUCAGGCAUGUCGGUCGAGUCCGACGUCACAGGCUCGGAGCCGGCGGGGGACUCGCCGACGCCUGCAGACAAGCAGCGCCGCGGGCGCACGCCCGGCCUCACGUUUCGCAAGCACCCGAAGCAGUUCCUGCGCCAGCGCUCGCCGCAGGCGUCGACGCGCUCCAGUACGACCGGCAAGACGCUCACGCACUCGACGUCGGGCACGCUGACCACGUCGACCCUGGGGAGCACGGGCUUUCUCUCGCCGUCCGGCUCCGGAGCGUCUACACUGCCAAACUCGCCGUCGCUGCGGUCAAAAGAGUCGGCGCUGUCCAUGGGCUCGCCGAGUGAGUCGUCCGACCAGUCGAUCAAUGGCGAGGGGCGGAAUAACGGAGACAACACGAUCCGGGGCAACUCGGUCGUGUCUAUAGAGGAGGACAAGCAAAAGAGCAAGGUAUUGAAGAAAUACAAGGAGGGUGCGGAGAAGGUGUUGUCGAUUUUCCAGUCGCCGCGCUAGUCGCGUUUCACGGCUGCACUCUGGGUCUUCUGCGUCGAUCUGAAAGCUAUCCUGCCGCAUCUCCCUCCAUGCUUAUCUUUCUUUCCUGCCGCAUCUCCAAAUUAUCACUAUACAGUUCAUCUAUAGCUCCUAUUUCCCAGCGAAGCUUACACACUCAUUCGCGUUCUGAAUGCCUGUGCCGGAAAGGACACAUUCUUUGCUCUGCGGAUUUUGUGUCCCACUCUCGUUCUUUGGUAAUUUUUGAAGUAAAUUGUAUCUCGUACCCCAUCGUUGCAAUCCUGUUUAGUUACAUGCAUCUCAUCAGCAAGUACGGCCCCCGAUAGACUCCUUUCUAAUACAGCAGCAUUGCAGGA